AUGUUAAAAGACGAAAACAGCGACGAAAGUGAUACUUUUACUAUGGUUAUCUGGAUUUACAAAGGCCUAGACAUCGUCACCGCCAAAGCAAGUCGUCAAGAACGCGAACUCGUUACGCAUCACCUCUUGGAUAUUUUAGAGCCGAGUCAGAUGUUCACUGUCGUCGAUUUUCGUAACAGAGCUCUCAAGCUUAUACAAAAUUUAACUGAAAGAGGCAAAGUUCCGAUAAUUGUUGGCGGCACAAAUUACUACAUCGAAUCGAUCGUAUACAAAAUUCUUGUUGAGGAUAUGAACGACUCUGAUGCUCUUUUAUGGGAUAAAAGUAAAAGAAAACGAGAUUUUGACGAUGUUGAAGAAAGUGAUGAGCUGCAACCAAAAAAACAUGCUACAGACGUAAGCGACACGAAUACAGAAAUUCCUGUUUGUAAAACUAACGAAUUGAAUGAGAUGAAGGCUGAUGACAUCGAUAAAGAAAAGUUGAAAGACGAUGUCGAUAACGAAAAGAAAUUCACCAAUGAAGAGAUUCACGCAAAACUUAAAGCAAUAGACCCAGUAAUGGCUUCACGACUUCACCCGAAUAAUAGAAGAAAGGUUUUAAGGUAA